AUGUUGCGACGAACAAGUUUUUUGAAAAACAAAGCAUCACUUAAAUUAUUAGGACGUUUGAAAUGCAUCAGUUAUACACUGUCUAAAAGCAACCUAAUGGGAAAACAAUGCAUUGUUUCUGGAUUACGUCAGAAAUUUGCUGCUGCACCUGUUAAAGAGGAGCCAUUUAUGAACGGUACUUCAACGGUUUACAUUGAGCAGAUGUAUGAAGCAUGGCGACAAAGUCCAACAUCGGUUCAUUCCUCAUGGAAUGCUUAUUUCCGGAAUGUUGAGCGAAGCUUGCCACCUGGACAAGCAUAUUCUGCGCCUCCAAAAGGAUUACCCUCAUAUUCUGUUUCAUCUGCUGUAGCACCUGCACCGGAAUCUGAAUGCGCAUUGAGUCUAUCAGGGCAAACUAUAAAUGAACAUCUCAAAGUUCAGCUUUUGAUUAGAAGUUACCAGACUCGCGGACACAACAUAGCAGAUUUAGAUCCAUUGGGAAUCAAUAAUGUGGGAUUGACUGAUAUUAUGCCUGCAGAAUUAGAUCCGGCAUUUUAUGGACUUACGGAUACUGAUAUGGACAAAGAAUUUCUUUUGCCAAUGUCAACAUUCAUUGGUGGAGAUAAAAAAUCACUAAAAUUAAGGGAUAUAAUCAGUCGUCUGAAGACUAUUUAUUGUUCGCAUACGGGAAUUGAAUACAUGCAUUUGACUAAUUUUGAGCAGUUGGAAUGGGUUCGUAAAAGAUUCGAAGAGCCUUGUGCGUCAGAGCUUACACACGAGCAAAAGAAAACAUUGUUUAAACGACUAAUUCGGUCAACAAAAUUUGAAGAGUUUUUGGCUAAAAAGUGGCCAAGCGAAAAGCGGUUUGGUCUUGAAGGUUGCGAAGUUCUAAUACCAGCUGCCAAACAAGUAAUCGAUGUAUCUAGUGCGGCUGGUGUUGAUUCUGUCGUAAUUGGAAUGCCUCAUCGGGGACGAUUAAACAUGUUGGCAAAUGUUUGUCGCCAACCUUUAUCGGUGAUUCUCUCGCAAUUUUCUACAUUGGAACCGGCUGAUGAGGGAUCAGGUGAUGUAAAAUAUCAUCUUGGCAUUUCCUUGGAACGUCUCAACCGAGUUUCUGGAAGGAAAAUUAAAAUUGCUGUCGUUGCGAAUCCAUCUCAUCUUGAAGCCGUUGAUCCCAUAGUUUUGGGCAAGGUACGGGCAGAAUCAUUUUACAAUGGUGAUGAGAACGGUGAUCGUACAAUGGCAAUUUUACUGCAUGGUGAUGCAGCAUUUUCUGGGCAAGGUGUUGUUAUGGAAACAUUCAAUCUUAACGAUUUAAAAGCUUAUAGCACGCACGGAACAAUCCAUUUAGUCGUUAAUAACCAGAUUGGCUUUACAACCGAUCCACGAUGUUCUCGAUCAUCUCCUUAUUGUACAGAUAUUGGACGUGUCGUCGGAUGUCCAAUAUUCCACGUGAAUAGUGAUGAUCCAGAAGCAGUGAUGCAUGUCUGUAAUGUAGCUGCUGAUUGGCGUCGUACCUUCAAAAAGGAUGUUAUCAUUGAUCUGGUGUGUUAUCGGCGAUAUGGACAUAAUGAACUUGAUGAGCCAAUGUUUACCCAGCCACUGAUGUAUCAGCGCGUUAAAAAGACGAAACCAGUGCUUGCAAUUUACCAAAAGCAAAUUUUAGCUGAAAAUGUUGUUAAUGAGCAAUAUGUAGAGGAUGAAGUAAACAAAUACAAUGCUGUAUUGGAAGAUGCUUAUCAAGAAGCACAAAAAGUGGCAUAUCUUCGUCACAGAGAUUGGAUCGAUUCUCCAUGGGAUACUUUCUUCAAAAAGCGCGAUCCAUUGAAAAUACCAGCAACUGGUGUUGCGAAAGAAAUGAUUAGUCAUAUCAUUGAGAAAUUUUCAUCUGUUCCAGAAGAUUUUAAUCUUCAUCGGGGUUUGGACAGAAUAUUGAAAGGACGACGUCAGAUGUUUCAAGAUAAUAGUUUUGAUUGGGCAAUGGGAGAAGCGGUUGCUUUUGGGUCUCUCCUUCUCGAAGGUACUCAUGUUCGGUUGUCAGGACAAGAUGUUGAAAGAGGAACAUUUUCACAUCGGCAUCAUGUGUUGCAUGACCAGAAAAUCGAUCAAAAAACGUAUAAUCCACUGGAUAAUCUUUCUGAUAAACAAGUUGAAUAUAGCAUUUCUAACUCAUCACUUUCGGAAUUUGCAAUCCUCGGUUUUGAACUCGGUUAUUCAAUGGUGAAUCCAAAUUCGUUGGUUAUAUGGGAAGCACAAUUUGGAGACUUUGCAAAUAAUGCCCAGUGUAUUAUUGAUCAGUUCUUGUCUUCAGGUCAGUCAAAGUGGAUUCGGCAAUCUGGAUUAGUGAUGUCACUGCCACAUGGCUAUGAAGGAAUGGGUCCUGAACACAGUAGCGCACGAUUGGAACGCUUUUUGCAAAUGUCUAAUGAAGAUGACGAAAUCGAUGUCGAUCAUACCGCCUUUGGUCCUACUUUCGAAGCGCAGCAAUUAUAUGACACUAAUUGGAUUGUAGUGCACUGCACAACACCUUCCAAUUUCUGUCAUCUUUUGAGACGACAAAUAAUGUUACCUUUCAGGAAACCAUUGAUCAUUAUGUCGCCAAAAUCGCUUCUUCGUCAUCCAUCAGCACGUUCUCCCAUUGAAGAUUUUCUGCCUGGUACUAAAUUCUGCAGGGUCAUUCCAGAAGGCGGAAGUGCUAGUCAGGAUCCAGAUAAGGUGGAGCGCUUGGUUUUUUGCACUGGUAAAGUUUACUAUGACUUGAUGUCUGCGAGGAAACAUCUGAAUUUAGACUCACGAAUAGCGAUUUCUCGUGUUGAACAAAUCUCUCCCUUUCCAUACGACUUAAUCGAGAAGGAAUGUCUUAAGUAUAGCAAAGCAGAGCUGAUUUGGGCACAAGAAGAACAUAAAAAUAUGGGUGCAUGGGGAUUUGUUCAUCCAAGACUUGGAGCACUUAUAACAAAACAGGGAAGACUGUUGAAGUACGCUGGUCGAAAGCCAUCGGCAUCUGCAGCAACGGGUAACAAAUAUACUCAUUACGUCGAGCUGAAAACCCUUCUGGCAGACGCUCUGCAUGCUCGAAAAGCUGAUCUCGACGAAUUCAUAGGUGGAUAG